AUGUCCGCCCAAAAGAUUGAUCUCACAAAAUUGAACCCAGAGCAGUUGACCAUGGUCAAACAGCAAUUCGAUCAGGAAUUGCAGCAUUUUUCACAGUCCCUUCAAGCGCUGAAUGUGGCUAGAACCAAAUUCAGAGAGUGCAAGGACGACAUUGAGUCUAUGCAGAAGCUGGAAGCCCACAAACAAGAGCUUUUGGUCCCUCUUUCUGGCUCUUUGUACGUCAAGGGCUACGUGAAGGACUCUCAAAAAUUCACAGUCGACGUGGGAACCGGUUACUAUGUCGAGAAAACCGCAGCAGAAGCACUCGCAUUCUAUGACAAAAAGAUCGCCAAACUCAACCAGGAAUCGGUCCAGAUUCAGAACAUCAUCAAAGAGAAAAGUCAGUCUUCUAUGGCUAUCGAGGGCCAUAUUCGCCAGGCGGCAAUCAUGAUGCACGAACAGCAACAGAAAACCGCUUCAACAUAG